AUGGAAAUGGGACUUAGCCCAAUUGUAUGUAUUGCUCAAGAUUAUAUUCAAGGAAAAACUGUGGAUGCUUUACAAUUACGUCAAGCCAUACUUGAAUUACCUGAUAAUAAAACAGAACAUCUUCCAGGCUAUUUAUCUCUCGUACCAGGAAUGCCAGUUUUACUCACAGAAAACGUUAUUACUGAGCUCGGACUGUCUAACGGUACACGAGGAAUCUUUCGUCAACUUGUAUACGAUGAAUCACCAGAGGAUGUUCGAUACCAAGAUAAGAAUUUUCCAUUAAAUACCAAAUUUAUAACGCAACCAAAGUACGCUUUAGUAGAAUUUCCUGGUUGCAAACUUGAUGACAAACUUCCUGAACUGCAAUCCAAGAUAGUUCCUAUAGCUAUUAGUGAACAAACAUUCUUAUUUGAUGCCAAGGAACUUCUUCCAGAAAAUGUAGCAAAAGCGGCUAAAAUAAACAAGAAAACAACAAAACUCACGAUCAAACGUAAAGCACUUCCGCUUAUACCCGCAUACAGCAUGACAACACAUAAAAGC